CUUCCUGUCCAGGGCGGCUGAUGAAACUGAAAGUGCUUCUGCUGCAGCUGGGUUUUUUUUUUUUUUCACCUUCAGUCCUGUGAACACCACGGGGGGGUGAAUCCGGUCGGGGGGUGGAAAACCCUGGGCCCUGGGUAAAGCAUGAACGGAAGAGUGGAUUAUCUGGUCACGGAAGAAGAGAUCAACCUUUUCAGGGGACCCUCAGAACUUGACAACUAUCAACAGACAUGAACAUUUACAUAUAGAAGAAUCGAAAAAGGAGGAUCGUAUAUGAAACUGAAUCUCUGAUCUCUAUCUCUUGUUUUUUGAAAGUACAUAAUAAGUUCUUCCUCAGUCGCCUGGCCCAGAGUGCUGCCAUCUACAACUGCCAUGGCUCAGUACAAGGGUGCCGCCAGUGAGGCGGGUCGCGCCAUGCAUCUGAUGAAGAAGCGAGAGAAGCAGCGGGAGCAAAUGGAGCAGAUGAAGCAGCGGAUCACUGAGGAGAACAUCAUGAAGUCAAACAUUGACAAGAAAUUCUCAGCUCACUAUGACGCAGUAGAGGCCGAGCUCAAGUCCAGCACCGUUGGUCUUGUAACCCUGAAUGACAUGAAGGCCAAGCAGGAAGCGCUGGUGAAGGAGCGGGAAAAGCAGCUGGCUAAAAAAGAACAGUCCAAAGAACUUCAGCUAAAGCUGGAAAAACUUCGAGAAAAAGAGCGCAAGAAGGAAGAGAAGCGCAAGAUCUCUAGCCUGUCCUUCACCUUAGAUGAGGAAGAGGAGCCUGAGGAAGAAGAGGAAGAUAUGGAUGAGGAAGAUCUAGAAGGGGAAGGCAGUGUAGACAUGAAGAAGAACAGACCUGGUUCCUACCUUCAGAGAAUUAGCAGUCUAAGUGGAGAAGAGAUCCCUUCAAAGAAGAGAAAAUUGGGGAAGAACCCAGAUGUGGACACAAGCUUUCUUCCUGACCGUGACCGAGAGGAAGAGGAAAAUAGACUCCGAGAGGAGCUUCGGCAGGAGUGGGAGGCCAAGCAGGAGAAGAUCAAGAGUGAAGAGAUUGAAAUUACGUUUAGUUACUGGGAUGGCUCUGGGCACCGUAGGACCGUGAAGAUGAAGAAGGGGAACACGAUGCAGCAGUUCCUGCAGAAGGCCCUGGAGAUCCUGCGGAAAGACUUCAGUGAGCUGAGGUCGGCAGGAGUGGAGCAGCUCAUGUACAUCAAGGAAGAUCUGAUCAUACCUCAUCAUCACAGCUUCUAUGACUUCAUCGUCACCAAAGCCAGAGGGAAGAGCGGUCCACUCUUUAACUUUGAUGUCCAUGAUGAUGUUCGGCUACUCAGUGAUGCCACAGUAGAGAAGGAUGAGUCACAUGCAGGAAAGGUGGUGCUGAGGAGUUGGUAUGAGAAGAACAAGCAUAUUUUCCCAGCUAGCCGCUGGGAGCCCUAUGACCCAGAGAAAAAGUGGGACAAGUACACGAUCCGAUAAGCACCUGUAAAAGACAGCAUGUGAUCUUUGCCUCACCUCUCCUCCAUCCCCAUCCCCACCUGUCCACUCACACUCUCCUUCUCAUUUGUUAGGCUUGACAGAGAGAGUUAACAGCUGCUUGUAGACAUCCUUCCUUCCUCCUCGCUCCUUCUAGCCCUCCUUCCCUCCCUCCCUUCCCACUGGUUUUUUAGGUGUAUCUGGGUCCCCUAGGUCCACAUGUUAACUGAGAAGCAGACCCUGGGACUGGCACAGACUGGAUGGGGCUGUGGCAGAAUUGGUCCCUGAGUUUCUACUCUCCGAUUCUACUGUUCUUUAAUGUUUCUUAUUAUAGAAUAAAUAAACUUUUGCAUGGAAAAAGUAUAUAAUAAAUUCAAAUUAAUUCCGAAA